CGCCAGGUGGCCAGGUGCCCCGGGGCCGCGCGGCAGGCCCCUCCCACGACCUGGGCGCCCACCUGUCCGGCUGGCUGAGCGCCGCCUCCCGCAGGGCCGCCAGGAAGCGGGGCGGGGACGGGGAGGGACCAGCGGUGGCUCGAGCUCGGCCGGCGUCGGCCGCCUGGCGGGGCGCGGUGCCCGGAGGCCAGACCUGCGCCAGUCGCCGCCCGCUGGCCGCCACGUCCUCGCCCGCAGCGCAGGUGAGCCCGGGACAGGACACUGUGGCCAGUCAGCAUGUCCCAGCGACACUCGGACAGCUCCUUGGAAGAGAAGCUGCUGGAAUACCGCUUCCACUCAGAGCUACGGCUUGAUGCCAAGGGGAACCCGGCGUCAGGGCUCCCGAUGGUCCGGGGCUCCCUGCAGGUGGACAGGGACAAUGCCCCCUUCCAGGUGGAUACCUCAGGGCCCCCACCUCUGUCCCCUAAGGACCAGGAGCCACGGACCGUGAUCCUGAGCACGCAGAGCCCUGCAGCCCUCAAGAUGGGCACUCAGCAGCUGAUCCCCAGGAGCCUGGCCGUGUCCAGCAAGGCCAAGACCCCAAUCCGCCACCAGAGCUUCGGGGCUGCCGUGCUCAGCAAGGAGGCUGCCCGGCGGGACCCCCAGCUCCUCUCAGCCCCCAGCUUCUCCCUCGACGACAUGGAUGUGGACAUGGGCUCCGAGGGAGCGCUGAGACGGAACCUGAGGAACCGAUCAUACAGGGCGGCCAUGAAGGGCCUGGGGGCUCCCAGUGGGGACAGGGGCCCCAGCCAGCUCAGCCCCAAGCUCCAGGCUCUGGCCGAGGAGCCCAGCCAGCCUUCUGCGCGGUGCCCGGCCAAGAAUAAGUUUGCGCAGAAGACGCUGGGGCGGAAGCGCGCCCACAAGGGCUCCUUCAAGGACGACCCCGGGUUCUACCAGGAGAUCCGGGAGCGGGGCCUGAACACCAGCCAUGAGUCCGAUGACGAUAUGCUCGACGAGCCGCCCAGCCCCGAUGGCACAGGAAAGGCGGAUGCGCCCAUCGUGGUCAAGAGCUACCGGCCUGCACAGAUCACCUGGAGCCAGCUCCCAGAGGUGGUGGAGUCGGGCCUCCUGGACACGCUGCCCCCCGAGGAGCGCAAGAGGCAGGAGGCCAUCUUCGAGAUCCUCACGUCAGAGUUCUCGUACCAGCACAGCCUGAGCAUCCUCGUGGCCGAGUUCCUGCACUCCAGGCAGCUACGGGCCACGAUGACCCAGACAGAGCACCACCACCUCUUCUCCAACAUCCUGGAUGUGCUGAGCGCCAGUCAGCGGUUCUUCGAGGACCUGGAGCAGCGGCACAAAGCACAGGUGUGCGUGGAGGACAUUAGCGACAUCCUGGAGGAGCACGCCGAGAAGCACUUCCACCCCUACGUUGUCUACUGCUCCAACGAGGUCUACCAGCAGCGCGCCCUGCAGAAGCUGACAAGCAGUAAUGCUGCCUUUCACGAGGCCCUGAAGGAGAUCGAGAAGCGUCCCGCAUGCGGGGGUCUCCCCAUGAUCUCCUUUCUGAUUCUCCCCAUGCAGAGGGUAACCCGGCUGCCCCUCCUGACGGACACCCUCUGCCUCAAGAGUCAAGGCCACCCUGAGAGAUACAAGGCCGCCAGCUGCGCACUCAAGGCCAUCAGCAAGCUGGUGAGGCAAUGCAACGAGGGAGCCCAUAAGAUGGAGCGCACAGAGCAGAUGUACACGCUGCAUACACAGUUGGAUUUCGGCAAAGUCAAGUCCCUUCCUCUGAUCUCUGCCUCCCGCUGGCUGCUGAAGCGUGGGGAGCUCUUCGUGGUAGAAGAAACUGGGAUUUUCCGAAAACUGGCCAGCCGGCCGACGUGCUACCUAUUUCUGUUCAAUGACGUCCUGGUCAUUACCAAGAAGAAGAGCGAGGACAGCUUUGUGGUACAGGACUAUGCCCAGGUGGACCACAUCCGGGUCCAGAAGAUGGAGCCCUCCGACCCCUCUCUGGUGGGGGGUAGUAGCCGCAGCUCCUUGGUGCCACACGUCUUCCAGGUGACCAUGCUGCACAACAGCGAGGGCCGCCAGGAGAAGAUCCUGCUGUCCUCCGACUCCGCGAGUGACCGGGCCCGGUGGAUCACGGCGCUCACACACAGGGAGAGGCAGGGACAGGGCCCCACCAACAAAGGAGACCUGCUCCAGGUCGAGGUCACCAAGGCUUACUUGGCCAAGCAAGCGGAUGAGAUCACGCUGCAGCAGGCGGAUGUGGUCCUGGUGCUGGAGCAGGAGGAUGGAUGGUUCUAUGGCGAGAGGCUGAGAGAUGGGGAGAUGGGCUGGUUCCCUGAGGACUUUGCCCGGUGCAUCACCAGCCGCGUGGCCGUGGAGGGCAACGUGCGCAGGAUGGAGCGGCUGCGUGUGGAGACGGGCGUGUAGCCUGUUGUGCCCAGCACAGAGGCCAGGCUGCUGCUUCAUGCCGUGCUCCAGGAAGCAGCCUGGUCCUUGGAGUGCGGUGCGCUUGUCCUAGGAACCCAGACAGUCCGUGGGUCUCCGUGAGGCCCCGUGGUCCACAGUGCCGGAUCCAGACACUUCCAGGGAGGGCGAUCACAUGUGCUGCCCGCCCCCGGGAGCAUCCUCCAAACAAGCUCUCAGGGCCACAGCAGCCCGACCCCCGGCCUCCCCUGGCGUCCUGCACACCCCUAGGGCAAUGGUGCAGGGCAAGUGAUGCAGGAUGUGGGCCCAGACCCCUGCCUGUGGGACAAAGGGCCUGAGCAUCCAGGGCAGCCCCACUUACUGAGCGGAGGUCCCCCAGAGGGAGAUGACCCUACAGAGUCAGUGCUGAGACCCUGGGGUUUUCAUACACAUUAAAGUAUUUCUUUAACACCUGGAUUUCCAUGGGAGUCUGCGCCCAGAAGGCCAGAUAAGCCCCUGCAAACUUCCCAAGGUGCAAUGGGCCAGGAUUGGCUCCACAUGUGUGGUCACUCAUGUCGGUCCUAGGGCCUUGCUUGGGCCCCUUGUUCAUGGUCACUCCAUGCCCAUCUGUGGCCUUGGCCUGACUGUCCAUGUGCAGCACGGUGAGCGAGGCCAGGAGCUCUUGACCCCCAUCCCCACACACUUCCUUGCAGGGCUCAGGGGGGCCAAUAGAUCUAGGGACCCCGUGGGAAUGUCCCCCACCCCCACCUCCCUCACAGUCCACCUGCUCCCCCAGGCCCUGGAUGGGCAGGUGGGGAGGGGCAGGCUGGCCUGGGCUCUUGGCCACCAGGCCAGGUAGGGAGGCUGUGUCGUGCCCUGCCAGGCCUGCAAUUCCUCCGUGCCUGCCAGUGCCCCUCCCGGCAUGGGCAGUGCUGUCCUUGGGGUGGGGGCUCCCAGCACUAUGAGAAUCUGCCCAGAUCCCACUGGGGCUCCAGCUUUGGUUGCAAAGCCAGGAAUGUGGCUCCUGCCUCCCAGCCAGAAGUGGGUGACUGGGUGGCCGGCCU